GAUACGAAAAUUUCCCAAGUGAACUACGUUUGCUCUCUCCACUGGCUACUCUAUCGUGUCUCGAACACUCGUCACUAGUAAUUAGUACGUCCAGAGAGUGCGGCGAGUCAUUAGUUGGUUUACCACUGGUCUUCCUCGAGUGACCUAUUCAUUUGUUGGCGAGGAAUGCGCGUAACAGAGUUUCCCGUGAUCUUGUCUUAGCAUCGUUUCCGGGAAUUUUGGAAAGAAUGAGAGUUUUUAUUGCAUCCCGUGUUAUAUUUAUUGAUUUUGUUAUAUGCCUUAUAGUCCUGGGCUCAACGAAAAUGGCUGAGGGGCACAGGAAAAAACGAUACUUCGUAUUUCCAACGCCGGGUAGUUUUGCGGCUACAAAAGUUCAGAUAAUCGCUGGUCUGGGUUUGCCAAUGGACGUCGAUAUCAGUACCAUAAUCGGAUAUGUUAUGAAAUUCAAUUACGCCCUCCCGUAUAACGCGUCGUACCUGACGGAGCCCUACGUGCGGUAUGAGAGAUCGAUGAAGGGCUCUCGUCGGCAAGAAAUCACCGGAGAAUUCGAUCAACAAGGCUCAUCCUUGGAAUCCAUUUCACGAUGGGAUAUAUACCAAAUGAUCGAGUCUAGUCUGGCUGCUCUUGGUUCGGGGAGAAACUGUCUCUUAAGGGUAAUUUGCGAGGCAGCUGCUCUACCAUUUUCGAAAUAUCAUGGAAUUUCACCGGAGCUCAUUCAUGUUCUACUCACACCAUCAUCCACUUCGGAAUCAUAUCAAAAUCUGGCAGACCAAGAGUAUCACGCAGCCGAAGUCAGAGGCCGAAUGUCCUCCGAUGCCUGUAGACACUUGUUUCAAGACUGUUCCGAGAACAUUCUUGACUAUUUCACCGAGAUCCUAAAUGAAUACUAAUUCUAUCCACUGUAAUGGCAGACAAUUCGUAAACCAGUGAAGAUAACUGAAAGCAGCAAGAAUUGAUGGGAAAAAACCCUUGGCAAAGGAAACGGUGAAAAUAAUGAAACUGAAAAAUAAAAAAAUAUUUAGACCAAAAAGUUAAAACAAAGAGCCAUUGGAAGGGAAAAAAAUCGACAGAAUACAAUGGUAUCGAAACGUGACGCAGUUAUCGGAUGUUAUUGGCAUUUUUGUCGCUCGAUAACAGGUGCGCAUGGGUGGGCAAGGGAAAGAGAGAGAGAGAGAGAGAGAGAGAGAGAGAGAGAGAGAGAGAGAGAGAGAAAGAGAGAAAAAGAGUGGGGAUAAAUUUAUUGAAAAGGGGAGGGCGAUCAUGGUAAGUAAAAGCAGCAAAAAAGAAGUUAACCUCGAGCCCAAGCAAUGAGAAAAAAAAUAUUAAAAUGUCGUUCGCAAUAUUACUGCAUGUGAAUUUUAUUGUACGUGUGGAGUAAGUAGAAAAAAAUUUUUUGAAUUUAAUUCAACCUUAAUAUUCUUCUUAGAUCAUGCCUUAAAUCACCUCAUGCUUAAAAUUUAUAUGAUAGCCUAAGCUCAGCUUCUAGUGUCAAAGCGUUUUAAAUUAAGGUUGCAAUUAAAAACCAGUCCAUGAACUGGCACUCUCAUAAAGAUGCAAAUUAUCACUUAAUAUCGUGAAGAAAUGAAAUUCCAAAAAUCCAUGUACCAAAAAGGAAAAAAAGAAGGAAUGUAAAAUAUUUUUAAAUCGGAUCCUCUGAUAUUGCCAAUGCUUCUUAGUACGGAAGCGCGUCGCUACCGGUUCGAUUUUUAUAGCUCGUUGUGGACGGCCAACAUAGAAGGCGAGAGCACCACCAGUACAUGAUGGCAGAGUCGUAAGGAUACAGGGAAGAGGGAGGACGAAAGGUCAGGAAGUCCAAGAAAGAGGUGAGGGAGGAGUUUUAUUAGGUCGUACACUGCGGGGUUGUAAUUCAAUCCCACAGUCUCGGCUCACAUUCCGCGGCAAAGCGUCUAAGUGAGAGCACGACGGUUGUUCGAGACAUCGAGGUUUGAUGCUUUACCGUUUCUCCAGCUGUGUAACAGUCCUAUGUAUAUGUAUACUAUGUAUCCGUCAAUUCCUCUGCAACAUUUUUUCUUACCCCUAAUUCAAUAUCCAGCAUCUAGUCGUAGACAGUUGUUAAGCGAGAAGCUUCCAGAAUUUUAUUGAAAAAAAAAUCCAGUAAAAUUGGUUGAAUUGUCGAGAAGGCGAAAAAAUGUCUGAACGAUGAUAAAAUUGGAAAUACGUUCAUUGAGUCUGGCAAGUGUAAUUGACUGGAGGAAUGAGAUAUUUCCAAAUAAUAGAGGCGCAAUGUGAUGUGAGUGAAUUUCCGGGUGAUUGAAGGCUUCAAAUGGCCAUCAUUUAUUUUGUUUCAAGGCCAAUUCGUCACUCAGAACAUACUGAUAAUCAGUGACAAUAUUGAUGGACAAUUCCUUCAAAUGAAAUCGUAUGUGAAAUGAGGUGCCUCUCCCUGAGCAAUCGAUUAUCCGCUUAAUUAAAAACUCGAUUGGGUAACGGACAUUUCCGUUUCUCGGAAAACCAUAACGACUAGGGUUGCCAGUGUUGAAGUAUCUCUGCUAAAUUGAACUAUUGGUUUUCCCUCAAUCUCCCCUAUUUCCGAUUCACGAGGAAUCGGAGGAUUAAAGGAGAUGCAUUCAGGGUGAAUCUGGCAUUCAGUCAUCGUCAGUCCUGUCGGUGCACAAAAUAUUCUCCCUUUUUCUGAGUGGUGAUCAUCCAAACCCUGGUUGUAUCUAGCUUCAAGUUUAUUGAGAAAAAUCCAUGUACUCCUACCUCGUUGACACGAUAGAAUCCCGUUCUUCCAACAUUUGUUCAACGAAAUGCAUGUGGGGGAGGGACUAGGACGGUAACAGGAGAAGGAGAUGAAGAGAG